AUUGACGAUUGCAUCCGGCAUUGAGUCUUGACACCUCUCACCCGUCCACGUCCACGUCCUCGCGUAGUUGCCGACACGGAAUCUACCGUAGAAAGUAGCGUCGCAUCCCCAGACUCGGCUGGUCUAUUUCCGUUCUGGUGAUCGUGGCCUCCUUGGCGUCGAGCUCGCGCGUCACAGCUGCUCGACUUCAAGCUCUCUCGUCUCGAAUCUCGAUCCAUGCGACAUCGCCACGAACACCCACGACUUCAAUCCCCAGCCCAAACACAACACAAUGCGGCCACGACGACGAUUAGGCAGUGGAGGAGGAGGAGGGGUGAGUGCGCUGCUGCUGCUAGGAAUCGCACAGUUCCUGUUUCCGACCGCUGCUCUCGCCGCCGCCGCGGGAGCUCCCGCCGUCAGCGUCGGCCUCAAAGCUUCCUGGAACGGUGCGCCGUUCCUAGUCGAGCUGCUAGAAACCAUAGCGUCGGAGCACAGCGGCUCGUACUUCCCACUUCUCGACCGGAUCGCCUCCGGCGCGUUCGCAAACACGACGAGCGACCACGAGCUGUACACCUCGUUCCUGCGCACAUCGCAAGCGGCGGGCUUCCUUCUGGACCCGGCGGACCUCUCCUCGUUCAACCUCGCGCUAUCGCUGCGCGCCGCUGCGCCGCGCAUCGAGGCGCACUACCACUACUAUGAAACCUCGCUGGUCCCGCGCAUGGGGAAGAUGUUCGAUCCUGCGUGCGCCGCGUGGGUGCUGUGGAGCUCGAAGCAGACGUGCGAGAUGGAGGGGGAGUACGGCGACAUGGUGAUUGGGCAGCAGCGGUUUCCGAACGAUGACAGGGCGCUGCCGUUUGAGCGCGCGCUUGAGACGGUGAAGGGACGGCCCGCGGCGAUACUCUAUGCCGAUAUUCAGGCCCCGGAGUUUAGGCAGCAUCAUGAGAGGCUCGUGAGGUAUGCUAAGGCCGGUCAUGUCUCGUAUCGCGUUAGGUAUAGACCGCCGGUGAAGCGCAGCGAGAGGCCCGUCGUCCUCAGUGGAUAUGGCGUGUCGCUCGUGCUGAAGAAGACGGAUUAUAUGGUCAUGGAUGAUCGCGAUGUUGAGGGUGGCUCCAAGGACCCGAAGGUCGUCGAGGAGAAGGGUUCCGCCGCAGCCGCCGCCGCCGCGCAGCAGUCCCUGGGAGGGCUUGAGGACUCGGAGAUGCACGACAUCAAGCCGCUGCAGAAGGAGGAUCUCGCGGGGCUCGGCUACAAAGCGGCGAGCGUGGUGAUGGGCUCCAAGGAUCCGUUCGCAACGCUGGAGCGGCUCGUGCAGGACUUUCCCAAACACGCUGCCACCAUCGCCGCCAGCGAGGUCAAUGAGAAUGUCACCGAAGAGCUCCGCGGAAACUGGGAGAUGUUUGCGGGGCCCGGAAAGAACUUGAUCUGGAUCAACGGGCUGCAGAUGGAGGAGUCGCAGAUGACGGCCUUUGCCCUGCUAGAACACCUCAGGCGCGAGCGGAAGAAUAUCAAUGGCUUCAAUUACCUCGGCCUCGACUCGUCCGAGGCGAUCCGCCUGCUCACCCACUCCAUCUUGACCCAGGCGAAGGAGGAGGAUAAGGUCCAGCGGUUCGACUACAGGGACGACGUCGAGGGCGGCGACGUGAUCGUCUGGAUGAACGACCUCGAGAAGGAUGCACGGUACGCUGAGUGGAGCAAGAGUCCCAGCAUGCUGCUGCGCCGCGUCUUCCCCGGCCAACUGCAUCCCCUCAGGAAGAACCUCCACAACUUGGUCCUGCCGGUCGACUUUACCGACAAGGACGAUCUCUCGCUCAUCUCGCGGAACAUCCGCAUCUACAUCCAGCGCAAGAUCGCUCUGCGGUUCGGACUGGUCCCGCUGACGAAGACCCGCGAGUCGGCGGACCAGGCAAAGGUGGUGUACUACCUCGCGGAUCGCUACGGGCUCGAGACGGCACUGAAGUACAUUGACACCGUCCUCGAGAACAACGACUUUUCGAAGCCGAGCAAAUCUGUCUUCGACGGCAUUCAGGCGGGUGCGAAGCUGCGUGACGAAAAGACCGUGCUGUCCCUCGAGGAUGCGCUGGCCGACGCGGACCUCAAGAAGAGAAUCUACAAGUCGAAGCAAUGGAACAACCGACUCGGCAUCAACGCGGGGUCGGUGCCCCAUCUGUUCGUCAACGGCCAGCCCGUACCGAAGGAUGACGACUGGUCUUCGGCCAUGAGCGAGAAGCUCCAGGGCGAUGUCAUGGUUGCCGCCCGGUACGUGUACGAGAACGAGGCGGACGAGGACACCGACUUCGUCGAGGUCAUGCUGAACGGGGCCGCUAAGCGCCGCAACGCCCACAUCUUCCCCGAGUCCGAGGCCGAUGUUAAGGUCAUCAACGUGGCUGCCGCCAUGGAGGAUAACAAGAAGGUGUUUGGACAGCUGCCCCGGAUCGAUACCGACAAGUCCGACAGCACCGCCGAGGCUAGCGUCUGGGUUAUUGGCGAUUUCGAUGAGCAAGACGGCUAUGACCUCCUCGCUGGAGCGGUGGAACUGCAGACGGCCGAGGCCGGUGUCAGCUUGAUGCUCAUCAAUAACCCGGAAUUGAACACCGAGAAGCCGUCGCUUUCCAGCCUGCUCUACCAGCUCCGGGCACUUGGAUUCCUGACGCCGGAGACUCUGCGCGAGCUGAUGGCCGAAGUCAACCCGAAGAAGGGGUUCGCCGGUCUGGACUCUCAAGGCGGUGUCCCGGACACCUUGCUGGGCAUUGCGAAGCAGGAGGGUUGGUCGUAUCCCGACCACCUCGCCGCCGGCAAGUUCUGGGUCGAGUGCAGGCCGCUUCUGGACACGUUCGGCAUCGCCCCCGGGCAGAAGGCCAUCAUCGUCAACGGAAGAGUUAUCGGCCCGAUUCCGCGCGAGGAACCGUUCGACGGACCGGCCUUCAAGCAGCUUUUGGAGUACGAGCACGCCAAGCGGAUCAAGCCGGUACUGAAGGCCGCCGCGGAACUGGGCGUCGUCGCCAAGCUGAAGAAUGGUCAUCUGGGGUACGCGGCGCUUACCAGUCUGGUGGCGUUGACCUCCACCUCGGAGGUUUCGUCGGGGCUGUUCCAGGCACCGGACGCGGCUCGCACCGAUAUUCCGAACCAGGUGCUGAAAGGGGAGCACACUGCCAUCACACUGGGGGAUCUCGAGACCGCGGCGAUCCGCAUAGUCGCCGCGAUCGAUCCGGCUAGCGAGACCGCGCAGAAAUGGAUUCCGCUCCUGAAGGCCCUGUCGCAGAUGCAUGGUGUGCACCUCAAGAUGUUCCUUAACCCCGCGAAGACUAUCAAUGAGUUGCCCGUGAAACGGUUCUAUCGCCAUGUGUUCAACUCGAAGCCGGAGUUCGAUGCUGCUGGACAACUCACCGGUCCACGUGCCCGGUUCGAAAAUAUUCCCCAGGAGCCAUUGCUGUCGCUGUCGAUGGAUGUGCCGCCGUCAUGGCUCGUCACUCCGAAAGAGUCCGUCCACGAUCUCGACAACCUCAAGCUGGCAUCGCUUAAGGAGCGACUACGCGGCGGCGACAUCGAAGCGACCUACGAGCUGGAGAACAUCCUGAUCGAAGGGCACUCGCGUGACGCCCAGGGGCAGCCACCACGCGGCGCGCAGCUCGUGCUGGGAACCGAGAAGGAACCGCACUUCGCCGACACCAUCAUCAUGGCGAACCUCGGGUACUUCCAGUUCAAAGCCAACCCGGGAAUGUGGAACAUGCGGCUCAAGGAGGGCCGGUCGAGGGAGAUCUUCAAGAUCGACAGCUUCGGUUCUAAGGGAGCGGCUGGCGAGGACUCCGAUAUCGCACUCAUGAGCUUCCAGGGCGCCACGCUGUUCCCGAAGAUGUCGAGGAACCCGGGCAUGGAGGACGAGGAUGUGCUCGAACCGCCGACCGCUAAGGGACCCGUCGAUACCGCGAAGAAGUGGUUCAGUGGAAUCCUGCAUUCGGCAACCACCACCGACGUGGUCGAAACUAAGCCGCAGGCCGACAUCAAUAUCUUCUCUGUUGCUAGUGGACAUCUUUACGAGCGCUUCCUGGGGAUCAUGAUGCUCAGCGUCAUGAAGAAUACGAACCACACAGUCAAGUUCUGGUUCAUUGAGAACUUCCUCUCGCCAUCGUUCAAGGAUUUCAUUCCGAUAAUGGCCAAAGAAUACAACUUCCAAUACGAGCUAGUAACGUACAAAUGGCCGCACUGGCUACGCCCCCAGACCGAAAAACAGCGCGAGAUCUGGGGGUACAAGAUCCUAUUCCUAGACGUUCUCUUCCCUUUGGACCUGCACAAAGUAAUCUUCGUGGACGCGGACCAAAUCGUUCGCACCGACCUGCACGAGCUCGUGACCUUGGACCUGGACGGCGCUCCCUACGGGUUCACGCCCAUGUGCGAUUCGCGCUCGGAGAUCGAAGGCUUCCGCUUCUGGAAGCAAGGGUACUGGAAGACCUUUUUACAGGGGGCACCGUACCACAUCUCGGCGCUAUACGUGGUGGACCUUGUGCGCUUCCGACAACUCGCAGCCGGCGACCGGCUGCGGCAGCAGUACCACCAGCUGUCGGCGGACCCGGCGUCGCUCGCGAAUCUCGACCAGGACCUGCCGAACCAUAUGCAGUCCGCCAUCCCGAUAAAGAGCCUCCCGCAGGACUGGCUGUGGUGCGAGACGUGGUGCAGUGAUGAGAGCCUCAAGACGGCGAAGACAAUCGAUCUGUGCAAUAAUCCGAUGACGAAGGAACCGAAGCUCGAUAGGGCACGCAGGCAGGUGCCCGAGUGGACCGCGUAUGAUAGUGAGGUCGCUGAGUUGGCGAGGAGGAAGGGCGGGGUGAGGGCGGGGCAUUUGGCGGGUGAGGCGGAGGUUAAGAAGGAGGAGGUUCAGAAGGAGGAAGUUAAGAAGGAGGAGGUGAAGGACGAGCUUUGAGUUUGUUUGGUUUGUUUUUAGAGUAGAAAUGCUACGAUAUGAUAUGACGACUUGAUACAGCUACAGCUACAGAAUCCUUUUUUGGCGGAGGGAAGAGUCGAUUAUUAUGCUCAAGUAUGAAAUCAAGUACGUGAAAAGUAUUCGUAAAUAAAAUAAACAUACCGCAAAACAC